GCCGGCGCAAGGGUCUCUGGGACCGGAAGUGCGGGCAGGCGCUGGCCCCCGGUCUGACGGGAACGUCCCGUCGCUGGCGGCGGGAGAGGGUUCCCGAGGCCGCUAUGGGCCUCCUGUCGGACCCGGUGCGCCGGCGCGCGCUCGCCCGCCUGGUGCUGCGCCUCAACGCGCCGCUCUGCGUACUGAGCUACGUGGCGGGCAUCGCUUGGUUCUCUGCUCUGGCUUUCCCGCCGCUGACCCAGCGCACUUACAUGUCGGAGAAUGCCAUGGGCUCCACUAUGGUGGAGGAGCAGUUUGCAGGUGGAGACCGCGCCCGAAACUUUGCUCGGGACUUCGCAGUCCACCGCAGGAAGUCGGGGGCUCUGCCAGUGGCCUGGUUGGAGCGGACGAUGCAGUCAGUUGGGCUGGAGGUCUACACGCAGAAUUUCUCCCGGAAACUGCCUUUCCCAGAUGAAACGCAUGAGCGCUAUAUGGUGUCAGGCACCAACGUGUACGGCAUCCUGCGAGCCCCCCGUGCUGCCAGCACCGAGUCCCUCGUGCUCACUGUGCCCUGUGGCUUGGACUCUGCCAACAACCAGGCUGUGGGGCUGCUGCUUGCACUGGCUGCCCACUUCCGGGGGCAGAUUUACUGGGCCAAAGAUAUCAUCUUCCUAGUGACAGAACAUGACCUUCUGGGCACUGAGGCUUGGCUUGAAGCCUACCACGAUGUCAAUGUCAGUGGCAUGCAGUCAUCUCCCCUGCAGGGCCGGGCUGGGGCUAUUCAGGCUGCCAUGGCCCUGGAGCUGAGCAGUGAUGUGGUCACCAGCCUAGAUGUGGCUGUGGAGGGUCUCAACGGGCAGUUGCCCAACCUUGACCUGCUCAACCUCUUCCAGACCUUCUGCCAAAAAGGGGGUUUGCUGUGCACGUUGCAGGGCAAGCUGCAGCCCCAGGACUGGACAUCGCUGGAUGGGCCUCUGCAGGGCCUGCAAACACUGCUGCUCAUGGUUCUGCGGCAAGCCUCUGGCCGCCCCCAUGGCCCCCAUGGCCUCUUCCUGCGUUACCGUGUGGAGGCUCUAACCUUGCGUGGCAUAAAUAGCUUCCGCCAGUACAAGUAUGACCUUGUGGCCGUGGGCAAGACUUUGGAGGGCAUGUUCCGGAAGCUCAACCACCUCCUGGAGCGCCUGCACCAGUCCUUCUUCCUCUACCUACUCCCUGCUCUAUCCCGCUUCGUCUCCAUCGGCCUCUACAUGCCCGCUGCUGGCUUCUUGCUCCUGGUCCUGGGUCUGAAGGCUUUGGAACUGUGGAUGCAACUACAUGAGGCUGGAGUGGGUCUUGAGGCUGGGGGAGGGCCUGGACCUAGUGUGCCCCUCCCCCCAGGACAGGGUGUGGGGCUGUCUGCACUUGUGGCACCCCUGCUGGUCUCUCAGGCCAUGGGACUGGCCCUCUACGUCCUGCCAGUGCUGUGCCAACACGUGGCCACCCAGCACUUCCCAGUGGCUGAGUCUGAGGCUGUGGUGCUAACACUGCUGGCAAUUUACGUGGCUGGCCUGGCCCUUCCUCAUAAUACCCACCGGGUGGUGAGCACGCAGGCUCCAGACAGAGGCUGGAUGGCACUGAAGCUGGUGGCCCUGAUUUACCUAGCACUACAGCUGGGCUGCAUCGCUCUUACCAACUUUUCACUGGGCUUCCUGCUGGCUGCCACCAUGGUACCUGCUGCUGUACUCACAGAGCCUCAUGGGCCCCGGCCCCUCUAUGCUGCCCUGCUGGUACUGACAAGCCCAGCAGCCACACUCUUGGGCAGCCUGUUCCUGUGGCGGGAGCUGCAGGAGGUACCUGUGUCCCUGGCUGAGGGUUGGCAGCUCUUCCUGUCAGCCCUGGCCCAGGGUGUGCUGGAUCAUCACACCUAUGGUGCCCUGCUCUUUCCACUGUUGGCCCUGGGCCUCUAUCCUUGCUGGCUGCUCUUUUGGAAUGUGCUCUUCUGGAAGUAAGGUCUGCCUGCUGGGGCAUGCAGGUUAAAACAGUGACUCCCCAGAAACAGAGUCUCACUUUACCGCCCUCGGUAGAGUGCCAUGACGUCACACGGCUCACAGCAACCUCCAGCUCUUGGGCUUACGCGAUUCUCUCGUCUCAGCCUCCCAAGCAGCUGGGACUACAAGCGCCCGCCACAAUGCCCGGCUAUUUUUUGGUUGCAGUUUGGCCGAGGCCGGCUUUGAACCUGCCUCCCUCGGUAUAUGGGGCCGGCGCCCUACUCACUGAGCCACAAGCGCCACCCAGCUAAUUUAUUUUUUUUUGAGACAGAGGUCUCAAACUCCUAAGCUCAGACAAUUCAUCCAUCUGGGCCUCCCAGAGUGCUAGGAUCACAGGCCUGAGCCAGCACCCCAGCCUUACCUACAACCCUUCUUAUGUCUGUGAUCUAUAUUCCCAGAAUUAUGUUGGGUUUUCAAAGUCCCGGUGAACAUUUCAUUGCCUUAAUGUUCCUUUUAAGCUUUUUGUUUAGUGUAUUGUUUGCCCCAACUGUUGCCUAUCAUCUCAGGCAGCUGUGAAGUUGUGACCCUUGCCUGCAGUUGCCUUUCUCAAACAGCCUCAAGGAAAAAGAGAUUGG